ACCCAGAGAUCACAUUUCACUUCCAACAAUGAACUCCUCUUCUGUCCUCUUUGUGUGCAUCCUCGGGGCAUGUUCUGUCUGGACUGUCCACGGGAGAAACCUGAAGGUCAACGAUGACGAUCAGGAGGGAGCAGAAUUGGACAUCUCUGUGGAGGCUCGCAAGCUUCCAGGUUUGUGCUGGGUGUGCAAGUGGAGCUUAAACAAGGUGAAGAAACUCCUUGGACGCAACACCACUGCAGAGUCGGUGAAAGAAAAGUUGAUGAGGGUCUGCAACGAAAUUGGCCUCUUGAAAUCUCUAUGCAAAAAAUUUGUGAAGGGACAUCUUGGGGAAUUAAUCGAGGAGCUUACCACCAGUGAUGAUGUGAGGACGAUCUGUGUCAACCUUAAAGCCUGCAAGCCGAAAGAGUUGUCUGAGCUGGACUUUGAAAGUGACGAGGAUGCACACACUGAAAUGAAUGACCUUCUGUUUGAAUAACUGACCUUAAUUUGCAAGAAAAACAUAAACCACAAGUGGUUAAGUGCACGCUCAGCGUAUGAAAAGCUUUUCACCUUUCUUUUUGUGACUGCUCUUUCUUACGUACUUUGAUUGACAUUGCAAUCCCUGUGUUGGUCAUUUCUGUAUCAUCUGUGCAGACGAUAUCAAUAAAUUAUUCAAACU